GAUUUUGUUUUCAGCAAGUGUUCGAAUGUGCUAUUGCUUCUGUCAGUCGUUAUUAAACUUAGGUUUUGUAACUGAAGUGAUUGUAGCUGAAGCUGAUUAAUCAUUGUGACAGAAAAUAAAAUAUGGCAGAUAAUAAAGAACUUGAGACCCAAGAAGAGGUGAAUUCUGAAACACAGUCUUUGGCAGCCACUGAAGAAGCUGUUACAAAACCAGCUAACAAGCAAAAAAUUGAUAUAUUUUUAAAAGCUACAGGAAAUGCUCCAAUAAUGAAAAUCAAGAAAUGGGCUGUGCCCCCAGAGAGAACCAUUGGGAAAAUUAUAGAAUUUAUGAGAAAAUAUCUUCAUUUAGAUAGUAAAGAAAGCCUGUUUUUGUACAUAAACCAAGCCUUUGCUCCAUCACCAGAUCAGACUGUUCGAAACUUAUACGACUGUUAUGGUACUGAUGGCAAAUUAGUUCUCCAUUAUUGCAAAAGUCCAGCAUGGGGCUGAGUGAAGUUGGAAAUCAAGUUGUAAUAUGGUGCUGAAAGACAAGUGUGCUUCUCUCAGGUUACUUCUGAGCACUGAUACAUUUGGUGUGUAAUUGAGUCAUUGUUGUUAGCCAGUGUGCUUGUUAUUGGUGAUUAAAUUGUGUAUAAUUUAAUUCAUUGGCAUUUUU